GAAGGAAAGACUUGACAAGGAACCAAUCAGCAGAAAGGAAGAACCAACAGGGAUCUGCAACCUAUCUUUAUGUGAAGGCAGGACUGUGAUUGGCUAACACAUCCUACCAUGCUUUUGGACAAGGACCCCAUCUGUAACAGACAGCAGCCCAGAAAGGUUUAUAGGAAGCUCCAUUAAAGGACACCGAUAACUGCAACAUAGCUCCACCUGCCAUCAGUCAAGCUGCAAACAGUCUCUAAAACCUGCUGAGUCCAGUGUUAAUUCUGAACUCCAUAACAAACACAAAGGCAAAAAUAACAUUUGAAUAAGGAAGAAACACGUCAUGAGCCAAUCAGAAGAUGCAGCUUCACCUGGAUUUUGUGAACGAAUUCGUAGACUCUUUAGCAGAAUGUCCCGAGAGGAACAGGUGUCAACAACAACUUCUGAUAACACAGAACCUGAUAUAAAUGAAGUUCAUACCAGCCAGGACACUGUUGCUAUUACUGAACCUAAAACGGAUUCCUCUCUGGAGGAUGAGAGGAUGGCACGACUGCAAAUUCUUGGAAUAAAAAGUGAUUUUAUGAUUGACAAGAUAAAGACGUUAAGGCAAGAAAUACAGGCGCUAUUAGAAGAAAUAGACUGGUUUGAAAUUGACCUGCAGAAGAGAAGAGUCAAGCUCUUCAGAGGCUAUCUGGAUAGGCGCAACAGUGACAGAGAUGAUGGAUCAGAAAUAGAGUAAGAGACAGAGGAAUGGAUAGAGUGAGGGACAAGGAGAAAGAAGUACUUAAGAUAUCUUAAGCAAGCAAGAGACAGUUUAGAGCAAGGACAAAAGAAAAUUUGUUCUGCAUGUUCAAGCUCUCAAUAAAAUUCAAUGUUUUCCCUCUGUA